AUGGCCGACUCUUCCCUCGUUGAUCUCCAUGAUGCGUCCAUGUCGGACGACAAGGACGACCUCGACUCUCUCCCCUCCAUAUCAACCGACGACAUUUACUCCGAUGUUUCCGACUCAGAUGCACAAGCCGAGUGGGAGCGCAGUCUGGAGCAGCUGCAAUUGAUAUUGACUAUGAUGAUCGUCCCCUGGAUGGGUAAAUACUUUGGUCGCAAGUUUGCCUACUGGAGUUGGUCGCGAUAUAUGGAAUGGGCACAUAACGUUAAUGUUCGAUUAACAGAUAAAAAGGCAUUUAAGGCGGCGGGUGUUGUUGAGACUGCCGCAACAUUAUAG